AGACCGAUCGCCUAGCACCAGCACCAACACAGACCAUCGCGCACAGCGGACAUCUCCCAAAGGCACCGUGCUGGCCACCCAAAGACCAUGGCGGCGCCCAACGUCAUCGAAAUCCCCCUCAACAACAAGGAGGCCGUGCUCGAGGUUGAUCUGAGCGAUCUGCAGGAGAAUGCCGAGCACAUUCUGAGCAUCCUGAAGCAGGAAAAGGUGCCAGUGGCCCUGUUUGCCGAGUUCGCUGAUGAGUACCACCAGCGAUCGAUGUUUGACCACUUCAAGACGUUCCUGAAUGAGGGCCUUGCUGCGGCCAAGAGCGCCCGGAACCAGGAUCCACAGCAUCUGCUUCUGCUCAACAGCCUGGCGUCUUUCAACCUGAACGAGGCCCGAAAGUGCAAGCUGAACACCGAACAGAGCGAGCGAGAGCGCUUCAUCAACGCCGCUGUCCAGUACUACAACGAAGCCGAUCGUAUCGACAGCCGCGAUCCUCUAUCCGCUGUCGGCAAGGGCGUUCUACAAAUGCUCCGCGGCGAGCUCGUCAAUGCGAUGCAAGCCUUUAUGAACGCAACCAAGAUGGAUCCCAACUGCAUUCCUGCCUUGAUCGGGCUGGCUGCGGCACAGGCACGGAAAGGCGAGAUAAAAAUGGCGCUGUCGUUUUACCAAAAGGUCCUUACGCUUGUGCCCAACCUCAAACCCGAUGUGCGGCUGGCCAUCGGCAUCUGCUACCACCAGCUUGGCAUGAGCGACCAUGCAAGACGGGCGUUUGUCCGGGUGCUUCAGCGAGACAACCGCAACGCUGAUGCUUGUGCGCUACUGGCGGUCAUGGACUGGAAUGCCUCGCGCAAGCCCGGACUCACUGAUCCUGUGCGCAAGGAGCACUCGGAAAGCUUUGCCAAGUACCUCAAGAUGGGCAUCGAAAUCAACCACCAGCAUCCGCUCAUCGCCUUGAUGAUGGCGCAGCGCUUCAUGUCUCGAGAUCUCAAGAAGGCCCUUGUCUAUGCCAAAAUUGCCGUCAAGUACUCAACCUCUCAGCGACUACUGGCCGACUCUCUGACGACUGAGGGGCGUGCCUACCAGGCAUUGGGCAAGUAUGCCGAGGCUUUUGAGUCCUUCAAGAAGGCCGCGGCACUGAAUCCCCGCUCGCUAAAAUGCCAAUAUGCCUUGGGCGAGAUGUAUAUCUACCAUGGUGACAUCGAAAAGGCCAUCGAGUGCUUCGAGGCUGUCCGGAAAGGCGAGCCCGAUGACCAUGGAACCAUCAGAAGGCUGGCGUCGCUGUACGCACAAAAGCCCGAUUCCAAGAAACAGGCAUCUGAAUGCUUUGAGAAACUCAAGAAGCUGCUCAAGAUGGAUCGAGAAGCCGUCCUCAAAGAAAUGGGUGUCAAGAGCGUUGAACUGAAGGAGGACGACUACCUCGUCGACCCCGAUAUCCAUAUCGAGAUGGGCCGCCUGGCCGAGGGCACCGACAUCAAAGCGGCACUUGUCGCCUACGACAAGGCCGUGCAGCUCAUUGAGAAGGGAGGCGACACCGUCGAGCCCGAACUGCUAAACAACAUCGGCUCGCUCUUGGUUCUGGAAGCCUCCAGCGAACGAGUCGCUGCCGACGAGCGUCAGCAGCAGGCGCUGCUCGCCAAAGCGCGCGGCAUGUUCCUCCGUGUGCGCGAUAUUUGCACCCAGCGCCUUGGGGAGCCCCAAGAUGCUUCGAAUGAAGCGUUGGCCGAUGAGGUGGUCCAAAGGACGAAGCGAGUCAGCGUGACCUGCCGCUACAAUCUCGGGCGGUGCUACGAGCGUGAGGGCAGUCUCGACAAAGCCCGCGAGCUCUACGAGGAUGUUUUGAAGGACCAUCCCAACUACGUUGACUGCUAUCUGCGCCUGGCCGCUUUGCAAAUCCGUCUGCACAACUUUGCCGAAGCCGAGGAUUACAUCAAGGAUGUUUUCACCAUCGAUCCAAAGAACAUCGAUGCCUGGCUCAUGCUCGGCGCGCUUCAGCAGGAGCCUCGUGAAGGAACGGUCGCCCAGUCGUCGGCUCACCGCAGGGCGAGAGACACCUACGAGAAAAUUCUCAAGGAAAUCGACUCGCAUGAUACCUACUCUCUGUGCUGUGUCGGCAACUUGAAUCUGUGGUUUGCCAAGAGAGACGCUGCCAAUAAAGAGCAGCACCACCGCCGUGCAUACGAGUUUUUCGACAAGGCCCUACAGUGGGACAAUCAAAAUGCCUAUGCCGCCACAGGCGUCGGCAUCACCCUGGCUGUCCAAGGGCAUCUCUCCGAGGCCAGAGAUGUUUUCACCCAGGUGCAGGAAACGACUCACAACAACCAGUCGGCCAUCCUCAACCUGGCGCAUGUCAUGCUUGAGUCGAACCAGACUGGAAGCGCCAUCGCGCUGUACGAAAGCCUUGCCAAGAAAACCAACUACCAGGACCCCUACAUCUUGCAGUGCCUCGCCCGUGGUCACUAUGUUCUUGCCAAGACCCUGAAGGUCGUUGCCUGCGUUGAGCAUAUUCAGAAGGCUGUCAAGUACCUUGAGAAGGCCCUUCGGCUGACCCCCAGCAACUUGACACUGCUCUACAACCUGGCGAUCGCCAAGCAUCAGAUUGCCAGCAUCCUGAACGAUCUGCCGGCUGAAGAGCGAGACGUUGGUCUGAUGCAGAAGGCAGUGGAUGGCUUGCCUGUUUGCAAAAGACUGCUCACAUUCCUGGGCACAUUCAAGGAAGGAACGACCGAGUACAGCUGUAAGCAUGCGACCUCGCGGGCGGUUCACUGUGACGCCAUCGCAAAGACUGCCCUGAAGCGCAUGCACGAAACCGGAACCCUCACCAAGGUCAAGCAAGAGCGGCUGCGUGCAAUCGAAGAGGAGCGCCGACAGCUCGAAGAAAACCGCAAGAAACAAGAGAGAGAGCGCGCAGAACUCGAGGACCGUCGCCGCCAGCAAAUUGAGGUCAUUGUAAGGCAGCUGCAGGACAAAACCAAGGAGAACACUGAGAAACAGAUUCGCCAGGAGGAGAACGAGCGCGAGACCCAGUCCCAGAAGGAAGGGGCUCGACGUGGAAAGUCGCGCAAGUCUGAAAAGUCCAAGGACAAGGACGGCUUCAUCCAAGACGACGAUGGCGAAGACAACAGCGAUUACUUUGGCGACGAUAACGAUGCCGAUGGUGCCAGCGGCAGCGAAAAACACAGCCGCAAGCGCCGAGAACGCGAUGGCGACAAGCACGAGAGCCGAAAGAAGAAACGGAUCUCGAAGAAGCUCAGUCGCAAGACUCACGAUAGUUCAGACGAGGACGCCGGCGACAACAGCGGCGAUGCAGGAAUCCAAAGAAGCUCCGACGCUCACCACAGGACAAGCCACCGCAAGCGCAACAGCAGCGAUGAGGACGACGAGGACGAGGACGUUGGCAGACGCAAGCGUCCGUCCAAAUACAACUCGAGCCUGUCCAAGGCCAACAUCGAUAGCGACGACGAAGAGGACGACGACGAUAACGACGACGGUCUGGACUCGAACCCGCCAAGCCAGGACGUUUCUCGCAGCAUGCAAACCCUGAACGGCGACGACGACGACUACGACAUGGCCGUCGAUGACAAACCCCGUCCCGAACACGACAGUGCCCUGAGCAGUCCCCAGUCAGACGACUCGGAAGCUUGAGCGGCCACCGCCUGUGCCGACAUGGCUGCGGUUGGUUGUGCCAAGCCUGGAGAUGGGGGGGGGCCAAGACAGGCGCAGGCAGCCAAGCCGGGUCAAUGGGAUCAGCUUGGGCUUUGCGGCUUGUGCAGACCGAAGUGGGAGACCCGCCACUGCUUUCCUCUCUGUUGAAUACACAUGCUGAAUGCCACC